CCUCAGCAUUGAACCACAGAACAAAUAUUCCCUCUUGUGUCCUUAAAUCUCUUCUGGACAUCCUUCCACGCCUGUGACAAGGAAUUAUUCUAUCCGCAAAGAAUAGUGGGCUGUGAAACAGCCACGUAGUGUCCAGGUGGAAGAAGGAGAAGUGCCUAUAGGAAGACAGUCGGGUCUGGAACCAGAUCCAAGGGCAAGUGCUAUUGAAAAGCACACCUCCACUGAUCUAGAAAAGGGUUUUAUCUGGUUUGGAAAGCAGGGUCUGCAAAUACUGUGCUGUGUCUUUAAGAAGAGGCUCACCCUAUGGGAGGUGCACUUGUCACUCAGGCAUUACUAGCCAAUCAGACUCUCCAGGUAACAUGCCAGUCAGAAGUGGAGGACUCUUCCUGGUUCCAGCUUGGCAGUGAAGUGGAAGUGAAGUCAGUCUUGUGUGCUAAAACUCCUCCAGGAAACUGCGUGGAGCGCUUGCGAAAGCAAGGAAACAGCGGCAUGGAUGCAGUGACAUAUGAUGAUGUGCAUAUUGAUUUUACUUGGGAAGAGUGGACUUUGCUGAAUCCUUCCCAGAAGAAUCUCUACAAAGAUGUUAUGCUGGAGACCUACAGGAACCUCACUAUUAUAGGAUACACUUGGGAGGACCGUAAUAUUGAAAAUCAUUCUCAAUGGUCUAGAAGAUAUGAAAGGCAUGAAGGAAGUCAAACUGGAGGGAAAACUGACAUAUACCGUCAAAGUAUUAAAGCCAUUGCAUGUGACAGUGAUCUUCAAAGGCAUAAAAGAACUAAUCCUAGCAAGAAAACAUAUGAGUGUAAGCAAUAUGUGAAGCCCUUUGCAUGUCCCAAAAGACAUCAAAAUCAUAAAAGAACUUAUACUGGAGAGAAAUCCUUUGAAUGUAAUCACUGUGAUAAAACCUUUGCAUAUCAUAGUCAUCUUCAAAGACAUAAAAGAAUACAUACUGGAGAGAAACCCUAUAAAUGUAAUCAAUGUGGUAAAGCCUUUGCAUGUCACAGUCAUCUUCAAAUGCAUAAAAGAACACAUACUGGAGAGAAACCUUAUGAAUGUACUCAGUGUGGUAAAGCCUUUGCAUAUCGCAGUGGUUUUCAGAGACAUAAAAGAAUACAUACUGGAGAAAAACCCUAUGAAUGUAAUCAGUGUGGCAAAGCCUUUGUAUGUCACAGUGGUCUUCAAAUGCAUAAAAGAACACAUACUGGAGAGAAACCUUAUGAAUGUACUCAGUGUGGUAAAGCCUUUGCAUAUCACAGUGAUCUUCAGAGGCAUAAAAGAACACAUUCUGGUGAGAAACCCUUUGAAUGUAAUCACUGUAGUAAAGUCUUUGCACGUCACAGUUAUCUUGAAAUACAUGAAAGAACACAUACUGGAGAGAAACCCUAUGAAUGUAAUCAGUGUGGGAAAGCCUUUGCAAGUCAAAGUUGUCUUUACAUUCAUAAAAGAACACAUACUGGAGAGAAACCAUAUAAAUGUAAUCAGUGUGAUAAAGCCUUUACAUAUCCCAGUCUUCUUCAAAGGCAUAAAAGAACACAUUCUCAAAAGAAACCCUAUGAAUGUAAUCAGUGUGGUAAAGUUUUUUCAUGUAUCAGUACACUUCAAACCCAUUUAAGAACACAUACUGGAGAGAAACCCUAUGAAUGUAAUCAGUGUGGUAAAGCCUUUUCAAGUCAGGGUUAUUUUCACAUCCAUAAAAGAGCACAUACUGGAGAAAAACCCUAUGAAUGUACUCAGUGUGGUAAAUCCUUUCUAUGUCACAAAAAUCUCCAAAUACACGAAAGAACCCACACUGGAGAGAAACCCUAUGUAUGUAAUCAGUGUGGUAAAGCCUUUGCAUGUAAUAGUCAUCUUCGAUUGCAUAAACAAACACAUACAGGAGAGAAACCCUAUGAAUGUGAUCAAUGUGGUAAAGCCUUUGCAUGCCAUGGUGAUCUUCAAAGGCAUAAAAGAACACAUAAAGAAGAAAAACCUUUUGAAUGUAAUCAGUGUGGUAAAGCCUUUACACGCCACAGUCAUCUUCAAAUACAUAAAAGAACACAUACAGGAGAGAAACCCUAUGAAUGUAAUCAAUGUGGUAAAGCAUUUGCACAUCACAGUGCUAUUAAAAGGCAUAAAAGAACACAUACUGGAGAAAAACCCUUUGAAUGUAAUCAGUGUGGUAAAGCCUUUGUACGUCACAUCCAUCUUCAAAAACAUAAAAGAAUGCAUAAUGAAGAGAAAACCUAUGAAUGCAAUCAAUGUCCUAAAGCCUUUGGAUAUCACAGUGGUCUUCAGCAGCAUAAAGGAACACGUACUGGAGAGAAACCCUAUGAAUGUAAUCAGUGUGGUAAAGCCUUUACACGCCAAAGUAAUCUUGAAAUGCAUAAAAGAAUACAUACUGGAGAGAAACCCUAUAAAUGUGAUCAGUGUGAUAAAACCUUUAGAUAUCGCAAUGUUCUUCAAAGACAUAAAAUAACACAUGCUGGAGAAAACCCCUAUGAAUGUAAUCAGAUCAGAAAGCCUUUGGAUGUCAUGGUCACCUCCUGAUGCAUAAAAGAGCACAUACUUGGCCGAAACCCUAUGAACGUACUCAAUGUGGUAAAGUCUUUUAAUGUCAACAACCAUCUCCUUCUACAUAUGAGAACCCACACUGGAGAGAAAAUCUGACUAAUCAGUGUGGUAAAACUUUGCGUGUAGUGGUUAUUUUCAAAUGUAUGUAAUCAAUAAUAUAAAGCCUUUGUCACAGUCAUCUUGAGAUGCAUAAAAAAACACGUACCUUAAAGAAAUCCAUGAAUGUAAUCAGUGUGGUAAAUUCUUUACAUAUCUCAAUGAUCUUUGAAGGCAUGAAAGAACAUAUGCUGGAGAGAAAUUCUAUGAAUGUAUUUAGUGUGUUACAGAAUUUAAUGUCACAAUAGUUUCUGAAUACAUUAAAGUAUCUAUUG